AUGGAAGAUGAAAAUGUUAGCGAAACAUUGUUGAAUAAAAAGUAUUAUGAGAAUUGUCCUGGCUGUAAAGUUGACAAAGCAAAAGAGCUCAAAACUGACGUUACUUUUCGAAAUCUUUUGAACAUUUGGAUGGUGGUUUUAUGCAGCUCUUUGCCUAUAGCAUCUCUUUUUCCUUACCUAUAUUUCAUGAUAAAAGAUUUCAAUGUUGCAGAAAGAGAGGAGGAUAUAAGUGCUUAUGCUGGUUAUGUAGGAUCUGCAUUCAUGUUUGGAAGAUCUUUGACGUCUAUAUUUUGGGGAGUUGUAGCGGAUCGUUACGGUAGAAAGCCUGUUGCAGUUUUAGGGGUUUUUUCAGUUAUUAUUUUCAACACACUGUUUGGCCUUAGCACAAGUUUUUGGAUGGCGGUUGCUACGCGGUUUUUUCUUGGAUGUUUAAAUGGUUUGCUUGGACCAAUGAAGGCUUAUAGUACCGAAAUUUUUAGAGAAGAAAAGCAAGGUCUUGGACUCUCAACGCUCAGUGCUGCUUGGGGCAUAGGCUUAGUAAUUGGACCAGCAUUGGGAGGUUAUUUGGCUCAGCCGGCAGUGAAAUACCCUCAUCUAUUUCCAAAAGAUUCAUUUUGGGAUAAGUUUCCAUAUUUCUUGCCUUCCUUGUCAGUAUCAGCUUUUGCAUUUGUGGUAGCAAUUGCUUGCAUCUGGCUUCCGGAAACACUACACAACCACCCUCUAAGCAAUGAGUCUAUAGAUGAUGCUGAAGCUUUAGAAAGUGGAAACAGAAGUAACUCUGAAGACAAAAUAAUCCAAAAAGAUGAAAACCUCUUCCUGAACUGGCAAUUAAUGUCAUCUGUUAUUGUGUACAGCAUUUUCUCACUUUAUAAUGUUGCUUAUCAAGAGGUUUUCUCAUUAUGGGCCGUUAGUCCUAAAAGGUUUGGCGGUUUGGACUUUACAACUGAUAAUCUAGGCGAUGUUCUCGCAAUAUCAGGUAUUGGUCUUGUUGUCUCCCAGCUUUUUCUCUACCCACCAUUGGAGAGAGCUUUCGGACCUGUAAAAUUUGCUCGCAUCUCUGCGGUUUUAUCCAUACCUCUCUUGCAAAGUUACCCCUUCAUAGCAAUGCUCUCUGGCAUUACACUAUACCUAGUUAUUAAUAUCGCUUCCCUUCUGAAGAAUGUUCUAAGUAUGACCUUAAUCACUGGUUUAUUUAUCAUGCAAAAUAGAGCUGUGGAACAACAUCAAAGAGGGGCAGCUAAUGGCAUUGCUAUGACUAUAAUGUCAAUAUUCAAAGCAGUUGGUCCAGCUGGAGGUGGUGCAGUAUUAACGUGGUCACAAAAACGGAUGCAUGCGUCUUUUCUUCCAGGAACUCAUAUGGUUUUCUUUGUCCUGAAUGUUGUUGGAGGACUUGGAGUUGUGUUGAUGUUCACACCAUUUUUGAGAGAAAAGAAGAAACCACCCCCUGAGGAGUCAGAUACACUAACAUAA